AUGUCUCCUUCUCAGCCUUUGCGACUUGACAAGCUCACACCACGGCCGCAACCGCAUGAAUCCGCCGGUUCACCUGGUCGCGCAUUUGUGGACUUGACCACGCCCGAACACCCUCGUCAAGGUUUUGAGCAGUCCCAAUUACACCCGCCAGUGAGCUUGUAUCUCCCACAAUCUGCUCACCAGCCUGCAGCUGUCAUCAAACAACUCGCCGACAAUGUGUGUGGCCCAAAUCCCAAAGGAGGACAGUCGAGGUUCACAACACACCUUACGAAGACUCUUGAAAAAGUCUCGACCAGGGUACCGCUUUCUAAGUAUUUUCGACCCGCCCAUGUUGCUCGAGAUGUGGGAGUGCUGGAACGAGGCUACUGGCAGUUCUUUGUGCGAAUCGGAGACAGAAAAUACAGACAGUUGUCUGGAAGACAAAUGAUCAGUCCGCUGUGGACGGAGAAGGACUUUGACCAAUUUUGGCAAGGAAUCAGUAAGUUCAUCCAGCAAGGCAAAGCCGGAUGGGGAACACGGCUUGUAAAGGAAUCAAGAGGUGGCAACGAAUGGAGGAUCAGGCUAUUCACGUGGGCGGAACUUCUCGGACCUAUCUGGGUGAUUCUUUGGAUCCUGUCGAACAAGUUGACCCAAGGCGUCUCUAUGCAGUGGAUUGCAGGUGACGGAUCGGUGGUUGUCCAGAUGGCAGGUGGGCAAAGCCGGCGGCGGAGAUCAAGAGUGUGGAUGAGGCGAGGGCCGAAGGGAGAAGGCGGAGCAUGGGGAUGGGGAUUGCAGGGUUUAAUCAAGAAUACUUGA